AAACCUCAAACAGGGAUAUUGAUGUUAAACAUGGGAGGCCCAGAGACUGUAGAAGAUGUCCAUGAUUUCCUUCUUAGACUCUUCCUUGAUAGAGACCUAAUGACGCUUCCUGUCCAGAAUAAACUGGCCCCUUUUAUUGCAAAGCGACGCACUCCGAAAAUCCAGGAACAAUAUAGUCGAAUUGGUGGAGGAUCGCCUAUUAAGAAAUGGACUACUACUCAGGGAGAAGGCAUGGUGAAGCUGCUGGAUGAAAUGUCUCCUCAGUCUGCCCCUCACAAGUACUAUAUUGGUUUUCGCUAUGUCCAUCCUCUGACAGAAGAAGCUAUUGAGGAGAUGGAGAAAGAUGGCAUUGAAAGAGCUGUUGCUUUCACACAGUAUCCGCAGUACAGCUGCUCCACCACAGGGAGCAGUUUAAAUGCAAUUUAUCGCUACUAUAAUGCAAAGGGGGAGAAACCAAAGAUGAAGUGGAGCACAAUUGACAGAUGGCCAACACAUCCCCUUCUUAUUCAGUGCUUUGCAGACCACAUAGAGAAGGAGUUAGCCUUGUUUCCACCUGAUAAGAGGAAAGAUGUUGUCAUCCUUUUCUCUGCUCACUCUCUACCGAUGUCUGUAGUGAACCGUGGUGAUCCAUAUCCACAGGAGGUGGGAGCUACUGUUCAGAGGGUUAUGGAGAAACUCAACUAUUCCAAUCCAUAUAGGCUUGUUUGGCAGUCCAAGGUUGGUCCUAUGCCCUGGUUGGGUCCUCAGACAGAUGAGACGAUCAAAGGGCUUUGCCAAAGGGGAAAGAAGAACAUACUGCUGGUUCCAAUAGCAUUUACUAGUGACCACAUUGAAACCCUCUAUGAGCUGGACAUUGAAUAUGCACAAGUUUUAGCCAAUGAGUGUGGAGUUGAAAACAUUAGAAGAGCAGAAUCCCUGAAUGGAAACCCAUUGUUUGCUAAGGCCUUGGCAGACUUGGUCUACUCGCAUCUUCAGUCGAAUGAAAUAUGCUCCAAGCAGUUGACCCUGAGUUGCCCACUUUGUGUGAAUCCCACCUGCCGAAAGACAAAGUCAUUCUUUACCAGUCAAGAGCUGUGAAUGGCCAUUUGCAGAGGGAUAGCUGCAGGUUAUCUACUGGAGCAACCUCAUGGAUUCUCCAAAGUCCCUGUCUUUCUUUUGCUGCUUAGGCUCCCUUCACAUAAAACAUUUUGCCUCCUGUGUGGCGUGAGUCCCAAGCAUAGCAAAAGAGGGUUGGAUUUCACUGGGGUGAAAGAGGGAUGGAUAUGAAACCUUUUUCCUUUCCUCUUUUCUCCUUAAUGGAGGGAUAUUGCAUUGGGAGGGAAGUAAUAUUUCAAGGGCUCUAUUCUUUGGGUUGCUGAGAAAACUUGUCUUCCUAUAAAACUGAUAGGCAUGUUGGGGACUGUUAGCCUUUCCCCAGCAUAAAGGCAGCACCAGACACUCAAAAAUUACAAAAUGUCUGAUCCACAUUUUUCACCAUGAACUUCAUCUGAUGGAACAUAUUCCACCAAAUGCAGUUCAUGAUGAACAAAGUGGUUCUGUAAGUGUCAUUGAGCCAGCAUGGUGCCAAAAAAUUGACUAGAAGAUUUUGGCUUGUAGGAAUUUAUGCCUCCUUUGGACAGGUUUGAUUUAAUUCUAAAAGGACAACUCCAGAGAUUUGGACCUGAGGGUUGUAAUCCAGAUGUCUUUGCAGAGAGAUCUUAAUAUCAAAACUAGAGGGGGGAAAUGCUGUUUUGGACAGCUCCUGGAUUUGGAGAGCCAUACUCUUUUUUGCAAGCUCUUUUCAAUAUCAUUAAAAAAAAUCCUGCCAAUUGUUCCAGGUGGGGGACUACUAUUUUUGUUGUUAUCGUUUUAAUACUCUGAGAUCUGUAGUUGACACACUGACCACCUUGCAGCUGCUGUUUUGUUUUUCAAAUGGGGUUUGAUGAUCAACCUAUGCCAUUUUAAAAAAGAAAUAGAACACAUUUUAAAUUUCAGAUUUCUUUUUGUGUGGAUCUCUUCCUUCCCCCAGUGCAGAACUGAUUCUAUGUGAGUUUAGCAAAGCUUUGCCACUUGGAACAACAGAUUCUCCAAAUUACAUUUAUUACAGUUUAAAUAAUAUUUUCUUCCUGGAAAUUUCACAAUUUCAGUCCUUGUUUGAAAGAAAAGUUUGGUAUAUGGGCUGUUGGAAGGUUAUCCUUAGUUUAAUAUGAAAAGAGAUUAUUGUGUCUUUUGAAAGAACAUUCGGUGGUGACUGUGGCUGAUGAAUCUCUUCUGAAUUUUACCCUUAUUUUUUAAAGUAUUGAUCUAUUUAAAAAAAAAAAGCAAGGUGCUGAGACCUUAGAUCUAAUCCUCAAGCACCUUGGACUAAAGUCUGACACAAACUCACUGUCCCACUAACAUAAAAUCCCACCAGCCACCACUGAGAAAAUUGACAGUGUGCAUCUUGUUGAGCUCAACAUGUGGAUUUCUGAUGUUUUCAACUUCUAUUCUGAGAAGCUCCAGUCAAUAAGGCAUUAUGAAGUUGUAGUUCAAAGCAGUGUUUCCAUCUCUGUUGUACCUUAUCCUGGGUGCUGAGCCUAGAUUCAAUUGACAGUCAAGUGAGAGUCUUCUGAGAGUCAAGUCCUGUGGGUGGCCUUUUCAUAUGAAACAUCCAUGUGCCUAUGUUUUAGUACUUAUUAAUUAACUGAUGAAUAUAGUUAAAACACUGUUGAGUGUGCAGCUUCAUGCACAAGAAUGUGGAGAAUAUGUGAAAAUGGGCAGCAUCUGUGGGUAAUCCUGCACAUUCGCCAAUCAAUUUCGAAAAUGCAAAGAUGUAUUUUAUAUUGCCUAUUUAAUGUGCAUAGUCUCCAUGUAAAAGAAAUAUUGCCCAGGAAAUACCCAUUGUCCCCAAAGGUGUGUGUGUGUUUACAUCCAGUUUCUGUCCAGUGUGAUAUACAUUGUUCAUUUGUUCAUCUUCUCCAGCAUUACAUGAAGACAAUAUAUAUAGUUGGGGUAUUGUAACAAACCCCCUUUGGACAACCUGCACACAUUCUCCAUGAUUGUGUUUACAACCAUAAGUGUUUAUGCACUAUUUCUACUACUUGAAUUAACAUCAACCAGAAAAUAUGUUUGUAUUUCAUUAGAUUAGGUUUUGUCUCUGCAACUGGAACUGUUUAAGAAAUUCAGGCGUUACUUAAGAGACUGUUGUUGAUAUUCCAGUUUUCAACGAUUACUUGCAAGCAAGGUUUCAGACUGGUAAAUGUCACUGUUCAUCGGGUGCUCUAAAGCUUUUAGGACGUCCAGUAGGAGAUACCAGAAAUGUUGGUCAUGAGAGCUUGUUUUGACAUUUGACACUAGGCUAACUAAUAGAAACAAGCUUGCCAUUUGAACAUUCAGUAGGUAAUUUCAAGAUUUGCUGGUAAACGUGAAUAUUUUCUUGAGGGCCUUAUACGAUUAUCAGAAUUACCAAUAUGUACGAAUAUUAAUUCAAUAUUUCACAUUUAACCACAACAUGUAAGUUUUUACACCAAUAGAAGUCCCUCAAGAAGUUGUCCCAUUAUUGUUAAUUGUUGUCAGAUAACUUCCGUACAACAUGGGGCUUCUGUGUAAGAAAUUAACCAGCUUUCUGUUCUUCACUAAGGGCUUCCUUCUCUUUGAACAAAUGAGAUAUGAGGUUGCUUUUCAGAGUUGCUUUAUAGAUCUGCUUAUCACUUUUCAGCUGUCAAGCUACUGUGGUUUUUGUGGGAUUUCUAUGAAUGCAAAUUGAUCUGUAUUUAAUUCAUGUUGUCAAUUAAACCCCAAAUGAUCUA